AUGGCCAACGGUGACUUCCCUCUCGCGUCUACCCCCGCACCCGUACCUGUACACGUACAAGGACCUCCUACCGUGCCUCCAUCGGUGCAUUCGCAGAAGAAGAACAUCGUCGUGAUAGGCGGUAGCUUUGUCGGCACUAAAUCCGCCGAACUCCUCGCCACCCGCCUGCAUACCACGCACAACAUCAUCCUCAUCGAAAAGAACAGCCACUUCCAGUACCUGUUCGCCUUUCCCCGCUUCGCGGUCGUACCCGGCCAUGAGCACAAAGCGUUCAUCCCCUACAAUGCCAUGUUUUCUUCCCUCCCGAUUCGGAGGCCGUGUGUCUGUGCGAGGGAGGCGGGGAAUUGCCCGUGUCCCCGUGAGGGCGAAAAUGAGAGGCCGGUGCAGGUUUUGCAAGGGCUUGCGACGGCGAUUAGGGAGGAUUGUGUGGUUGUGAGGAAGAAGUCUGAGGAGGGGGAUGAGGGAGAGGGAGAGGUGGUGGAGGUACCAUAUGAGUACCUCGUCAUUGCGACCGGGACGAAGCUCAGUCCGCCUGGAAGUCUGCAUACGGAGGGGAAAAUGGACGGAGUGGAGUAUUUUAGGGCGUAUCAGGAGCAGGUGAGGAGGAGUAAGCGGAUUGUAGUUGUCGGUGGCGGAGCCGUUGGUAUUCAAAUGGCAACAGAUAUAGCCGACCACUAUUCCAGUCACUCCAAGCACGUAACACUAGUCCACUCCCGAUCCCGCCUCAUGCACCGUUUCCAUCCCAAACUCCAUUCGAUCAUCGCACAGAGAUGCUCUGAACUCGGGGUGGAGGUCAUACUGGGCGAGAGAGUCAAUGUCCCCGAGGGCGGGUUUCGUGUUCCCCGUGUGGCUAGGAAGGGCAAGGGGGGAAGUGCGGUCGUCGAAGAAGAGCAGGAGGAGUUCGAGGUCGAGUUGGGGAGCGGGAAGAAAAUCAAGGCUGAUUUCGUAAUCUUCGCAACAGGCCAAACGCCCAACUCAUCCAUAAUCUCCACAUUUUCCCCAUCCUCGCUCACGCCUCCUUCUCCUCCCUUUUUCACAUGUCCCGCCUCUUCAUCACCCUCUCUUCCCCCACCACCCCAAAACCAAUUCAUCUCAAUCCACCGCACCCUCCAGCUCGCCGACACCGCGAACCCGACGCCGCAGUGCAAGCCGAAAUACCCACAUAUCUUCGCGCUCGGCGACGUCGCGCACACGACGCACCAUAAGGCGGCGAAACCGGCGUAUGCGCAGGCGAGGGUGUUGGUGGAGAAUGUUGCGCGGUUGGUGCAGGCCAAGGCGAAGAAGGAGAGAGCACAGACGAGUUGUGAGGUGAGCUGUGAGGGGGGAGCGCAUGGCGAGGCGGAUAUGGAGGAUGGGGGGUGUCGGACUUGUCAGGGAGAGAAGGGGAUGAGGAAGGAGGUGGAGGUGGAGUUGAAGGAAUAUGAGGAGCAUCCGGUGGGGAUACAUAUGAGUCUUGGUCUCACCCGGAACGUGACGUUCCGCAAUCCCAGUCCGCCCGCCUCGUUCGAGGACGAGAACGCGACACCGGCGAUUUGCGAGGUGCAUGAUGAUGGACAGGAGGAUUUGAGGAUCGGGAGGGUUUGGAGGCAGAGGGCGCCGGGGAUUGAGGAUUAUUGGGUGUGA